CCGAGAAGUUAAUCCUAACCCUAUUACUACCCUCAUUAUGAGUCGGCAACUCCGUCCUCGAAAAGCGCGCCCGAGCUACAGCGCUCUUGCUGGUCUCGACGAUACAGAUGGAAACGGUGCUGGGCCAUCCAUUGUCGACCUUGACGAUGCUUCAAGUGGCAGCGACUUUGCACCAGGAAACGACACCAAAGAUGCCAAAGAGGACGAAACAGAUGACCUCGACGAAGAGGAUGAGGACGACAUGGACGUCGACCUCGCAGAACCAGAGCCAGUUAAGCCAAAGGCGAAAACGAAAACAAAAUCUGGGGAUUUCGUCGUUAAGCCCCAAAAUGUUCUUCGCGCGGCUGGUGGGUCCAGACGGCAGAUGUACGUCCUUCCGACGCCCAGCGUGAAUCACCGACACCGAGCAGUUCCGUUGUAUGCUCAUGAUGGAAAAGUUGAACGUCUAGUGACUCGCCCAAAUCCCUUCGUGGAGACGCAAACGACGUUGACCAAUAAUUUUACCCAAAACGCCAGGAUCACUGACCAUGUCAGUAAGGCUUGGGGCUACAACGUCGGUGCUGGACCGCUGUGGGAGCUUGUUGAGGACAGAGGGUGGUUCAAAGAGGGCGCUGCUGAUGCUGAGGUCGAAGCCUACAGACGACCAAUUGUGCAUCGCAACGUGAAGGUGAAGAGUGACCUGCAGAUCCUAAGCAAAGAGGAAGCAUCUCCGUACCUUCCUUCUGAUACUACAAUGACCGAAGACGGCGCCUUAAAGCCUCCUCCCCCCAUUCCUUGUUUCUUUGGCCCGUUUGAUUCUCAAACUCGCGUCGAAAUGGCUCUGUACGAGACGCAAAAAAUCGCCGAAUUCAUCCCCGAAAGUAAAUCCUACGUGUUCAAUCCCGGGGCGCCUGCGUGGGGUCUUGAUUGGUGCCCAAUCCAUCUAGAUGACCGACGAGGCCGUCAAUACAAACAGUAUCUGGCUGUUGCUCCUUUUCCUACAAGUGAUCAUUCGCCUGAAAUUGGUGUUCGCGAACCUCGUCCAUCAUAUGCCUGCAUCCAAAUUUGGUGUUUGGAUCUCGAAGGAUUGAGCUGCGAGCUCGUCGUCUGCAUUGACUCUGGACCAGCGUACGAGUUGAGGUGGUGUCCUCUUCCAUCGCAUGACGCUAUAUCUGGCAGCGACUCGAAACCGAAAAAACUGGGAUUGCUUGCCGGGACAUUCGAGGACGGAUCUUUCUCGGUGUUUGCAAUACCGGAUCCAGGCGACUUUGAGCGCAAUGGUUCAGAUCCUGUUUUCGUUCGCAUUUCUCAGCCUGUGUUACGUAUUGAAUUGGCUGAGACUGCUUGCUGGUCCUUUGAUUGGGCCAACAGUGAAGUCGUCGCUAUCGGAACGGCAAAUGGUAUCAUAGCCGUAUACAAUAUCGGGGCUGCUCUCAAAUCUAUGGAUGGCCCUAAUAGCGCUCCCAUCACCGGCCUCCUUCCUACGCACUACAUUUCCGUCCACCAAUCUGCGAUCCGCGCAUUGGCGUGGAUACGGGCACCACCGUGUGCACCUUCGGGCGCGCCAUGCACUGAUCAAGACCCCACCGUCAUCGCCAGCGGUGGAUAUGAUGGAAUGGAAUGUAUGACGGAUACACGCGAUGGUCGAGGAUCGGUGAUGAAUCGCACAAGAGAUGUCAUUAACACGAUGGCGUUCUCACCUUUUGCUGGAGGUCCGAUUACGAUUGACCAUGAGAACAUUGUGAAAGCGUACUCUGCGUCACCUAGUAUGCUUGGGAGGGGACAUACACUGAUGGAACCUCAAGGACCUGUUUGGUGCUUGAGUGCAUCGGACUAUCAUCCACAACUGGCCGUGGCUUCGGCUGAUGGAGCAUGUUCAACAACGAAUAUGUUAAGGUCCACGCGGAGAGGUGGCACGGUCCCCUUCUUCGUUCACAGGAUAUACCAGCUGGACUAUAGUCGGAAAUCAAAAGAGUACCGCAUGCUGGAGCGCUUCCUUCCGCAAGAGACCGUCGAUAGGACAAAGAAUCCGGGCAGCACGAGUAUGGGAUCGUGGCCUCGGCAGGUCGGUAUUCAUCGUGUCGUAUGGAAUGAAGGGAACGGGCUGGCAUCAGCGGGGAUGCUGGCUUCUGCGACAGGCUCGGGGCUUUGUAGAAUUGAUUUCUUGGAAGGGAGGUGGAUGAAGGGUAAGAUACCUUAUAAUGGUAUUGAGAAUAUCAGGGGAGAGGAUGAGGAGAGGAUGGAGGGUGAUGGGGAUUCAGAUGAUUCUUCGUGAUUGCUCUUUACUUCUGAGUCUGUUUAGAUAUUUUUUGGCAAUUUAUUUUGCUUUGAGACUU